AUGAGUAAGGGGGUGCACGAAGACGGUCUUACAAAUGAGCAGCGCUCAUCGAUGGAAAAAGUCGCAAAGCAGUUGGGUGUUUCGAAGGAAAAUUUAAAACAAUUCGAAAAUACAAUAAAGGAAGUGAAAAAACAAAAUGCUGAUGCUACAUUUGAUUUGGCAAGAGAUGGUCCUCUUAAAUCGGCAAGUAUUUUAGCGAAGCAGAUAGGUCUACCUGGAUUCAUCGUCAAAACUCUUGAGAGAGAAAGUCUCAAGUCAGAUAUUGAAAAAUUUGCCAAACUAAAAGAACAAUAA